CAGUGCCACCUCGUCUCACAUCACAACGACAUCAUCGUUACCAUAAACGUCAAUAAUCUGGGGUAACUGCGGCUCACAGCAGUCCCUCAAGCCCCCUUGGGCGCGGUCGUCGGUGACAUAGCAUCCUGCAGCCCGCAGCCCAUUCCAGACCGGAUGGACGGAGCCAUCGGGCGAAGAUAACCAGCGUUUUCUUGCUCGUCCAUGGAAUCCCUGUCUGGGAGCAAUGUCCUCAAGAAGCUCCAGUCGCAGGGCUGUCCAUUCUCUUCUUACUUCCUCUUCUACUCCAACUAUUCUGACUCCCGAAUCUGAUAACGAUGGCCCCUCGCAAGAGUCGACCGCGGCAAGACCUUCUCCUCCCCACAACGAUACACGAGAACAUGCCUCUACCAGUCGCCAUCCCUACCACAGUCAUGCUUCGGAUAGCGAGAGCGAAAUCGACUCCCCUCCAAGAAAGAGUCGUUUACAAAGAGUCUCCACCAUGUCCAAGGAUUACACAGACGAAGAGGAGGAAGCAGUGGUCAAGAAACUCGAUCGCAAGCUGGUCCUUUUCCUCGGCGCCCUUUACAUGCUCAGUUUCCUCGACAGGUCCAACAUAGGAAAUGCUCGAAUUGCCGGCCUCGAGAAGGACUUGUCCUUGUCCUCUUCACAGUAUGACUGGCUCUUAACGGCCUUUUACAUGACCUAUAUUGCAUUCGAAUGGAUGAUCCUCUUGUAUCGACUGGUUCCCGCCCACAUCUACAUCUCUAUGUGCGUCCUGACCUGGGGCCUGGUUGCCAGCUUGCAGAGCAUCACUACAUCCUUUGGCCAACUGCUCGUCCUUCGUGGAGUCCUUGGCAUCACAGAGGCUGCAUUUGGCCCCGGGGUUCCUUUUUACAUGACCUUCUUCUAUCGCAGGUCCGAACUGGCCUAUCGCGUGGGACUGCAGAUAUCAGCUGCUCCCCUCGCCACUAGUUUUGCGAGCUCAUUGGCUUGGCUCAUUGUCAAAAUCACCCAGGAUGGCCCAAUUGCGCCCUGGAGGGCACUGUUUUUAGUGGAAGGUUUCCCCUCCAUCCUUACGGCCAUCGCUGCCUGGUACUACAUCCCUGACUCUCCUUCAACCGUGCGAUACCUGUCCCCCCGAGAGCGUAAAGUCGCCGUGCUUCGGCUCCAGUCCGAGAAUAAUUCUUAUGUGAGGCAAACGUCAACUUCAGCAGCUACUGUUGCCCAUCGUCUCAAUCUGAAAGACGUUGCUGACACUCUUCUCGACCCGAAGUCAUACUUGACAGCCCUCAUGUUCCUCAGUGUCAACGUGUCGUUCAGCUCUCUGCCAGUUUUCCUACCCACCAUAAUCAACAGCAUGUCAUUCUCUCCUCUUGCUUCUCAAGCGCUGUCAGCUCCGCCUUACCUCUUCGCUUUUGUUUUUGUCCUGAUCAUCGGUCACUACAGUGACAAAGUGCCGGACUCUCGCUCUCUGUUCCUCAUAGGCGCCUCUUUGCUUAGUGCCACCUCAUACGCAGGCAUCGCCCUCGCUGGCGCGUUGGAACAGUCCCUCGGUGAAGCUGGAAGUAUCACGAUCCGAUAUGUGGCCGUUUAUGGUGCUGCCAUGGGUCUUUUUGCGUCGGUCACUUUGAUCAUCACAUGGACUUUGAACAACCAGGCCAGCGCAACAGGCAAAGGUACUGGCCUCACCAUUCUAAACCUUGUCGGCCAGUGUGGUCCUCUGAUCGGUGUUCGUCUGUUCCCAAAAAGCCAGGGUCCUUUUUACAUUCAAGGCAUGGUGACCUGUGCUGCAUUCAUGGCUGUGGGCGUCGCAGGACUGUCUAUCGUGCUCAGGUUGAUUUUGCACAAGGCAAAUUUAAGGAACGGCUUCGGCGAAAAGCCCGUCGACUCAGGAGAGUAUGAGAUGUUAGCCUCGCCGAGUACGACCAGGAAGCAAGAGGGAGAUCACGAUGAUAUAGAAGAAGUCGAGGAGACCUUGAUCGGGGGUAGGCGAAAACUUCACGUCGAGAACGGAGGUGGCUUUCGGUUCAUGCUGUGAUGGAGAAG